AUGGAUUUGCCAAACGCUUUGUUCGGUCAAGGUCAAGGCCACAAUGAUGAGGUUAGACAGAUGGUUGAAGCCCUGCCUCCUGGGAGCAAUGAAUAUGAUGCCGAAGGUCUCAAGGCAGAGGACCUUGAAGAGCUUCUUCAACAGACUCCGUUAUUCACUUAUACUGAUAGUGAAGGACAACAGCAUGAUUCGGACCGAUAUACUGUGUUCAAGAAUGUGGCUCCAGAUACAAUUCACAGCUUCUCCAACCAAAGACAUCUUGGACGCAUCAAAGAUCUUGCAAGUCAUUGUCUUAUCAUCAUUAUGCCUUCUCGCGAUCAUGAAAGUGCUACCAGGUACUUUGACACCCUUAUUGAAGGUAAACUAAAUGAAAUGAGAGCGAGGCUGUUUUUCAAAUUAAGAGCCUGUGGAUCAGCAGAAGUGCAAGGAACUACACGCAAAAAAGCCCCUGAUGCAUCAUACCGGCCACGAACACUCCCAGCCACCCGGUCAGCCAAAUGGCCCAGCCUAGUUCUCGAGGUUGGGUAUUCGGAGUCGGCAACGAAACUAAGGAGUGACGCGAGCUGGUGGUUGACAGAGUCCCAGGGGGAAGUACGAGCGGUGGUCACAUUGAAAAUAUUCCGCAAGCACCGCGUCCACCUUGAGGUGUGGCAGUUCCGUGAUGGCGCUACUCGUCCUCGUCCUGUUGAAACACAGGAAGCCACUGUAACAAAGAGCGCCAGGGGCUAUUCUGCCAGUGGUACAAUCGUAAUCCGUUUCCAGGAUCUUUUUUUGCGCCCAGCAGCUGGUAACGGGGAGCGUGAUAUUGUCCUCAACCACGCGGACCUGGAAGAGUUGGUAGAACUUGCUUUGAAGGACUGA